CGCGAACCGCACGCACGGCAGCAGGCGUUUGGCCGCAGCCCAUUUCCCGGACCGCCCGACAGCAAAUCAAAGCAGCACCAGCACAGGCACGGAACCAGCCAAGCGAGAAGAAGAAAAAUGAAGAGAAGCUGGGCAAUGGGGAGCACGAGCACAAUGUCUACACCGCACAAAAUUAUUCAUGCGUGUCAUGAUGGGGCCAAAUCUCGCGACAGCGCCGCCUGCCCUAGCCCGUCCAUGCACGCAUAACCGACGCCCAUCCAUGAGUCUGGGUCCAAUAAAAAGGGGGCUCUUGGGAGUGAUGUGGGCUCUUGACUUUUUCAUGUUCAACCGCGAUUUUGACUUUCGCGCAAAAGAGCAGUGGGCCCGACCUGGGUUGCCGGAUGGAGAAAGCGGGCAGACAUUUGUGAGGCCGCGCCGACGACGAGGGCCGAGUGACCACGAGACAGGAUGGAGAGUUGACAAUGAGGAAAAAUCGGACUCGGCACGUAACCGUAUCUGGGCCCCACCCGCGUGGUCCUGGUCCUGGCCCUGCGAGCCGACAGGAGGUGUCUCGACUCCGGAAUCGAGAUCUCAGAUCGCGGGCUCCCAGCAGGCCGACCGGCCACUUCCCCUCCCUACGGCACAUCAACACAACACGCAAGGAGAGAUGCUUGGCAGGUGUGUACCAAGUUGGGCAUCCAAGCCGGCCUGCCUACCUAGAUAGGCUACCAUGACAGCGGCCGCCAAAGACGGAGCGGGGCCCUGCACUUAGAAGCGCGUGCACCAGCAGAUACCGGCAGGCUCUACUCCCACACCAACGAGCAGGCUGGCUGGCUUGGUUGGCUGCUGCGGGGUUGUGAGCUGCAGCUCUCACAGUCACACCGCAACAAGCAACAUGUUUCCCC